AUGGACGUCAGCCCGAUUGUUUUACCUCUGGCAUUUCCGUCUGGUGGUCUAACUUCAAGCAACGAUGAUGUUGGCAAACAUUUAAUUUCUUGGAGCUGCUCGUCUUCUUCUCCUACUCGUCUGGUUGCCUGGGGAUAUUCCUCAAACGCGUCCGCAUUUCCUUCCAUCCCUGAAUCUAUAGGACACUAUCAAGGCGUAGCAAUUGGAUGCGAAGAUGGCUCAAUCUACAUUUUCCAUCCGUUAACAUUUCCUGACCGCCGAAAACGCAGUUCAAUUGACAGUAAGAGCGCGGAAACCCACGGGUCUUCACGUCCAACUAGUCCAUUAAGAUAUUCGGGUUUGAAUCGCCCACACUCACACUCUAGGUCUGGCUCCCCAUCAUCCACGAAAUCAGGUCUGUCUCCGUUUCAUGUAACACGCUCCCGCGUCGUAUCAUGCAUUUCGACGGAGCAGGUCGAGGCCCCGAAGAAUUAUGUCGAUUUUGAAGACGAACCUGAUCGGCUCAAGGGAAUGUUGAAAGGGAGAAGCGCGAAAGAGAAAUCUUUUGGUGAAUUGUUGACGAUCGGUGGUGAACGGACGUCACAAACCACAAGUGGUCGCAACCCAGCAGCUCUCUCUUCCACUUCAUCCGUCAGAUCAAGUGUUUCCACCCCACCAUCCCCUACGUUGGCCCCUGUUUCUGCAAUUGAAGCAACGGGACCGGUCACUUCUUUGUCUCUCAAAUGUCAUGUCAUGCCUCAAUUUGGAGGGGUCAUGCACUCUGUCGCAGCACUAUUGGAUUACCAAAUUGGUCGUUAUAUCAUUUCCUUACAGCGGACAGGGGAAAUUACUAUACUUUCCAGCGUCGACGGUACAUGUGUUGCAUCUGCCCAUGCCUCUGAUGAGGGGGCUUCUCCACCUUCAAGCAGCAGACGCAUAUCUGUUAUUCCUACAAUCUGGCAAUGGAAAAGCCUUCAUCUUGCAUCAAUUAGAGAGUCCAAUAUAUUGUUGCUUUGCGCAUCGAGUGAUUCUUCAUCUUCUGCAAACCAGAUGCUUGAUGUGCCUACCGGAGAUUCUGAAGCUGAGACACGCCUAGUCGCAUUUGAACUCCAAGCUGGUACCCAAAUCGACAGUAGUCAGAUGAGGCUAUUGCGUAUUGGCGAUUGGUACAUGGAUGGUCCGGCGGAAGCCAUGGUAUUUCACGAAGAGGCAGAUGCAUCUUUGGCUCUGUUCCAUAUCUCGUCUACGCAUCACCUCAUGCGACGGUCAUUGACAUUAGCGAUCCCUGGUUCGCCGGCAGAUCUUGAGAAGAUUAAAUCAAGCUCAAGUACAGCUUUGCCCAUUCCUAACCCAUUUAAAGCGCUGAAGGCGCUUUCGCGAGAAGAACAAGGUUCAGAUGACGGAGUGGAAAGCACCUACACACUACGACUCAGCGACGCAAGCGAUCUCGGUAUUAUUCAAAUACACGGAUCGGUAACAGGCGUGCGUUCUAUGUUUUUUGGCGACACGCUUCGCAUAGCAUGUUGGUCGGAUACGGAGUUAACGACAUUCGAUGUCUGUGAUCAGUCACUCAAAUUCCUGUUUACGCAUCUAUUCGCGGAAAUUUGUGGUUUAAAUUGGACGGACGUAGAUUCCUUCAUAGUAAUGCUCCCAGAAGGUUUAAAAACCUACCGCAUCGUGGCGGUUGAUGAAAACACCGAUGAUGUUUCACCUGGGGCCUCCAGAAAUGUGAUUCAACGCACUCGACCGGUCAUAGUACGGAGCAUUGAACUUUCGUCUCAUGACUGUUGUCCGUUACUUUUUGGAGACCACGUCUUCUUGACUGGAACUAAGCAAGAAAAGAGAUAUAUUUCGCACAUACCUCUCGAUGUCUUGGACGAACAAGUUCAUCCUCGCACUUUGUGGAAGAUGCGUGAAUAUCAUUAUGCCGCUCCUCACAUCACAUGCAUGCUCCCUAUCGACCUGGAUCUCAUCAUAGUAGGUCUUAGUGACGGUCGUCUCCGACGCUCAUCCUUCGCCCAGUUAUCAGGCAAGUCAGUCACACCGACCUCUUUAGAGUCCGACGUUCCCCUACAAGGAUUCAUAACUUCGCUGCAUAUUGUUGAGGACGAGAGAACAAGGGAGAAGUUCAUUGUGGGUGGAGCUGACGAUGGUUCUAUUGCAAUUUGGUCCCUCCAGCAAGUAUAUGCGACUUUCUCGCUCCAACUCCAUGCACGGUGGAUUGUGUUUACAACGCCUCUCGCCCAAGUCAUACAGAUAUCCGGCGACCACGUUGGUCGCCUGAAAGGCUGUUCGCUAUGUAUUUCCCAGGACGGGACGAUCGCAAUCAUUACCGUAGACGGCUAUCAAUUCAUUAUUCUUGUCCCCGCAUCAGCGGCGCCCUUGAGCAGGAUCCAUGUGGGAGAUGACAACAUCUUGCUUCUAUAUUCAGAUGGUCGAGCGCGAUUAUGGGACUCCAAGACUAUGGAAUUUCGGCGGUCGAUGAAUGCAGACAAAGCCGAUGAACUCUUGAAGCAAGACGGAUGGAACGGAUGGUCCGCUGGUCCAACGACCUCACCGUCAAAAGCUAUACUCUCAAUCAUGGGGAGCACUGUCGGACCUGACUCAGAAGCAUUCAUUCGAGCUUGUAUUGCUUCAGGGCCAGUUGCCUCUAGCGCAGAUCGCUCGCACACUGAUCAUCUCCGUUCAAUGCUGUCUGUUCUUCUAACUUUUGGUCUCAGCGGGCAGAUCGAUAUCAUGUGUCGCGAGAAGCUGAAAGUCGAUACAGCUUACGGCCUUGUAGGAUACGCAAGUCAGCUAACCGCAUGUCUCUUCACUCGACUCGAUCCUUUGGAUGCAUGGACAGUGUCGUCUGAAGUGUCAGCUUCGCGCUCUUUAGCACUGGUUGCUGUGUUACAGGCACUCAUCCAUAGGGAAGGCCUGGAAGACAAUUCGGAUGUAGAUACUGUGAUGACAUUCUACGUGACUUCCUUGCCCGAAGUCGUCGGGCCGGCGUACAAAUCGCCGAGCCUGUCGUAUUUAGCAAAGUGCUGGCUGCAAUCCACCGUUCCUGAAAUUAGGGCUGCGGCACGUUUGUUGUUCGAAGUUGGUGUGAUGCGACUAUCGAACAACGAUACUGCCCAGAUCGUGGAAUACUGGCAACAUAACCUACCUAGUACACGAUCUCACGCAGAACCUGAGUCCUUGUCUGAUUCCAUGGCUCUGCUCAUUUGCGGAUUCAUAGCAGUGGAGAAGUACAGUCUCCUUUCUACCAGUGUUCUCAUUGAGAUCUCAAAGUCAAUUGCUUCAUACCUCCACGACGAGGAAUCGCCCUAUCGGUUCCUUGCUAUUGAUUUAUGUUCUCGGGGCUUCCCUGUAUGGCAACAGUAUGUCGACGCCGUGGAAAUGCUCCGGGCUUUGUUCAUCCUUGCGACAACGACGCGAAAGGAAGCCAUCUCUCUUCAUAACCUUGGACUUCAGGCUCGUUCCGCUGUUUUGUACAUUGCUUCGACGAACACACCACUCUUCAUGACCACAUUAACGAUUGAUAUCUUGCAUCCACGAAGCGUGCAACAUCGGAAGUCGAUAAUGCAACUAGUCAUAUUCUUAAUCCGAAAGAAACCACUCGUAUUAUACAGUAACCUUCCCCGACUUGUGGAAGCAGUCGUGAAGUCACUGGAUCCCAAUUCGACGCACAACCGGGAUGCAGUGCUGGACUCGGCAACAGAUAUUCUUGGGCAUGUUGUACAGACGUUCCCAACUGUGGACUUCCAUAUGCCUACCCAACGUCUCGCUGUUGGCACGAGCGAAGGUGCUGUUGUCAUGUACGACUUGAAGACGGCGACUCGUCUGUAUGUAUUGGAAGGUCACAAGAAGCGGACGGCAGGGUUGAGCUUCUCUCCUGAUGGCCGGCGACUUGUGACAGUCUCUCUGGAGGAGUCGGCCGUCCUGGUCUGGAAGGUCGGUUCGAGCUUCACGAGUUUCUUCACCCCUGGAGCCCCCCCGCGGCAAGGGCACAACGGAUCUGAGCCCUACAAGACGCUUAACUUCAACGUAGGGGAGGAAGCUCGUAUGACUCUUGCGGCUACGUUGGAUAACAUUCGGUUUGAAUGGCCUGCGGAUCGCAGUAAAGUGGUCAGGCGAUAUUUCCUCAACCACCUAGAGCACAUAGUAACCGUGUCACUCAAAGGAAAGCGAACUCAUGACGAAAGCGCUAUCACUGGCGAUCCUGUAGCGUCAUUGCGUGUCGUUAGGGAUGUAUUGUUGCAUAAGACACGCCAUAAUCCAGUCGAAGAACAUUCAACCAAAGAUAAUGGUGCUGUUUCGGCACUGUCAAAACCUAAACGCGGAAAACUUCAUCCCGACAUGGUUCGCCGUGUAGAUAUCGACCCGCAUCCUGUUGAUCCUGUGGGCAAGUCUAUCUUUCGCGAAGUCCGUGAGGAUAUCGGCCCUCAAGCAUGUAGCUCUUCGGUCCCUUUCCCAUGCGUCAGCGGUGGGCGGAUGAGCCCCUGCUCCCACAGAUCGCCAUCUCCGAGCGUGGGCGAACCUGACGAGUUUGGUGGCUUUCCUGGUCCCCCGCGUAUCGUUUCACAUGUGCUCAAGGCGACAUUUCCCGGGCUGCAUCGCCGACUAAAGCGAUCGUUUACCAUGCCGAGGACUGAAACGCUAAUCCCACAAGUUAAUAGAGCGGAGUUGGGUUCGCAGCCCCCAUCGAACCUUCCUAACUCAAAGCAUGUCUCGUAUCUACCGUUCAAGGCCAUAGUUAGCAGAAAUUCAGCUUUCAGCCAAUUAUCGACAGAACAUCUUGAGGAGCUCGGUGGGAUCGAGUACCGUGCAUUAACAGCGCUGCUAUGGAUCGUUCCAUUGUAUUACUUUGGGAUACUUACGAUCUCCUUCAUCGUAAUUGCACCCUACAUGAGUCUACCUCGCUGGGCACCUAUUCUUGUACCACCUGAGCAGCAUCGAGUAAUUAAUCCAGUAUGGUUUUCAGCUUUCCAGGUUGUUGGGGCGUGGGCAAAUACCGGGAUGUCGCUUGUCGACCAAAACAUGAUACCAUUCCGUGAGGCAUACCCUAUGAUCAUAUUUCUCGUCAUCUGUGUCCUCGCCGGGAACUCUGCAUUCCCUGUAUUUUUGCGGUUCAUGAUCUGGGUCCUAUCCAAAAUUUGCCCAGUGGAUUCUCGCAUAAAUGAGACGCUGCAAUUCCUUCUGGAUCAUCCCCGACGUUGCUUCAUUUAUCUCUUCCCAUCUAGCCAAACUUGGAUACUCUUUACGAUCCAAUUCUCCAUCGACCUAAUCGCUUUUGUAGCUGAGUUGGUACUCAAUAUCAACAACCCGGAAAUCGAUUCGAUUCCAACUGGAGUCAGGGUUAUCAAUGCUCUGCUCGCGGCCGCAGCUGUGCGAAGCUCAGGCUUUCAGUCCAUCGCUGUGUCGUCUCUUGCUCCUGCAGUUCAAGUUCUCGAUGUUAUCCUCAUGUACAUCACCAUCUAUCCGAUUGCACUGAGUGUCCGCUCGACAAACGUCUACGAGGAACGGGCGUUGGGUAUCUACAAGCAUAGAGACCGCGAAGAUGAGUACAUAUUGGACGAAGCUCAUUGGAACGCCGGACAGGAAUCCCGCGUGGCGAUUUGGGGCCGGUAUCUCCUGCGGCAUGCUCGAAAGCAACUUUCGUUUGACAUGUGGUGGCUGGCGCUAUCUCUAUUUUUGCUCUGCAUCAUCGAGCGCACGCCGCUGGCGGCUACCUAUAAUGCCGUCUGGUUCAAUAUAUGGUCGCUCAUCUUCGAGCUCGUAUCUGCCUAUGGCACAGUCGGGCUGUCGCUCGGCAUCCCUUACGCGAACUACUCUUUUUCGGGCGCACUGCACACACUGUCCAAGCUGAUUUUGUGCGCGGUCAUGAUCCGCGGUAGACAUCGUGGGCUGCCCGUUGCGUUGGACCGCGCCGUCCUGCUUCCUCGCGAAUUCGCGCGAAAAUCAAGUACAGUCACUGAAACGCAUCGCGACGAGAAUGUGUGUGGGACAUCUGAGAAGGCGCGCGAUGAUAGCCAGCAAGAUGUUCCGCAGUUGAAGGAUCGCACAAGCACACUGAGUUUUGCUGAGGAUCCGAAGCGGGGGCUAGGCAAGGGGACUCAUUCUGCGGACCGUAUAUCAGAAGUCGAGUGGGAGGAUGGGUCAUGA